CGCUCUUCCAACCACCACCCUCCUCCGCCUCUGGAGCUAACGCUCUCUGCCAGUCCUCAGAACCUCCUAUCCGCAAGUUUCUACGAGAGCUUUGCUCCGAGUGGAAACGCUAACCGGAUGCUUCAGAUUUAUACAUCCGCUAAAACAUCAUUGUUCUUUGUUACGUGUAUCCUAUUUCGCUUCCGCGAGUCCGUUCGUUGUUUUGAUCAGCUGACCGCAGCAUUCUCACAUGAUUCCAUCCGUCUACAGUUGUUGGAAUUCUCACUGACUGCGACUUGACUGUCUUCUAUGGGAGAUUCUUUCUGAAGUGACUACUACACAUCAGGAGAGGUGUCAUAGAGGUGACAUAGCCUCUUGUGGAAGAUGCCUACCAAUAAGUCUGUGUCGAAGGCGCCGAUCACCCAGUUCGUCAACUGCAGGAUACUAAGAGAUCACAAGCUGCAGAGAGAGGAUCUGUGGGUGCGGGAAGGGCGGAUCCUAGACCCAGAGAAGUUGUUCUUUGAUGAGGAAGGCUACGCAGAUCAACGUGUUGACUGUGAAGGCCUCAUCAUUGCUCCUGGGUUCAUUGACGUUCAGAUCAAUGGAGGAUAUGGCAUUGACUUCUCGCAAGCAACCAGUAAUGUCAGAGGAGGUGUGGCCCUAGUAGCCAAGAAAAUCUUGGAGCAUGGUGUCACCUCUUUUUUACCCACCCUAGUCACCUCCCCCCCAAACAUCUACCACAAGGUCUUGUCUGAGGUUAAAGUUCACAGUGGAGGAGUGGAGGGAGCUGGAGUUCUGGGCUGUCAUCUAGAAGGUCCAUUCAUCAGUUUAGAGAAGAAGGGAGCCCACCCGGCGCAGUACCUGCGCUCCUUCCAGUCGGGCGGCAUGUUGGACCUGAUUGAGACCUACGGGACCCUGGAUAACGUUGCCAUGGUGACGUUGGCCCCCGAGCUACCCAACAGUGAGAAGGUGGUUAGAGAGCUGGCUCAGAGGGGAAUCACUGUUUCUCUAGGACACUCUGUAGCCAACCUGUCCCAAGCUGAGGAGGCUGUGCAGAACGGAGCUUCAUUCAUCACACAUCUCUUCAAUGCUAUGCUGCCUUUUCACCAUCGAGACCCAGGCAUUGUGGGUCUCCUCACCAGCGACCAGGUUCCCCAGGACCGGACGGUCUUCUACGGAAUGAUUGCUGAUGGCAUCCACACCAACUCUGCCGCCCUGCGUAUCGCCCACAGAGCACAUCCUACAGGUCUAGUGUUGGUGACUGAUGCCAUCACAGCGAUGGGUCUACCUCCGGGCCGCCACACCUUGGGUCAGCAAGUCAUUGAGAUCCAGGGGCUCCAUGCUUAUGUAGCAGGCACCAAGACGCUCAGUGGCAGUAUAGCCACAAUGGACAUGUGUGUCAGGCACUUCAAACAGGCUUCAGGCUGCAGUGUGGAGCAAGCCCUGGAGGCAGCGUCACUCCACCCGGCCCAGCUCCUGGGCAUCACCCGCUGUAAAGGCACCCUGGACUAUGGGGCAGACGCAGAUCUCGUUCUGCUGGAUGAUGCUAUCAAUGUCAGAGCCACCUACAUCGCAGGCCAGGAAGUGUGGAGGAAAUGACAUCAUAAUAAUCAGUCCCCCACCGCUGCCCCACCCACCCACGUGGACCAAAUGGGCAUGUCCCAAAUGGCAUCCUAUUCCCUAAUAGUGCACUACUUUUGACCAGAACAGAGCAUCAUAAAGGGAAUAGGGUGCCAUUUGGGACAGAGUCAAUGCCUGGCUGCAUUGUGCUGGACACUCAUCACAGACUCUAGAUGGCACCACUCUAUAAGAAGAAUUUUGGAUGUAGCACAAAGUGCACUUAUGUAGGGUGCUAUUUGAGCUGCACCCUGGUAAAAUGGAGCCACUUGUAAAAUGCUACAGUAUAGAAUUCAAUAGUUUUUUGCUAUAUUUUUAUUGCCAUUUUGCAUUAAGACACUUAACACAACAUAUACUGCAUUGAAAUUAUUUUAAUAAUCUGUUUGAUACAUGGGAACAUAGCACUGGGGUAACGCAGUUUCUUUGGACCCCCGCAAGGUUAGAUCCCUCCCUAAAAUAAAACAAAAUCUUAAGUGUUAGCCAGACAGCCACUCAUAAAGUAUAGACUACCGAUCGUUGUCCAUGGUGCUGAAAUUGUGACACAUCUAUGCAGCUGCAUGCAUAUCAAAUCGAUGAUAGGAUUUCUGUGGUGCCAGGGCAUGUAAAGCUUUGCUUUAGCUAAUGGAUCAAAGUUUAUUGGUAGGCCUAUUUGGUCAUAAUUUUCUCAUGUUAAGCCUAACAUUUCACAAAGCUAUACACGGUGUCGCAAUGCUGACAUUUUUUACUGCUGGCUGAUGGCAAUAAUGUAAUUACUUGUUAAGUAAUUCAAGUUGUAAAUUCAGAUUGCAGAGUGUAAAAUGUAUUUGCGAUGCAACAACAUACUAAUCAGCUACCAAUUGAUUUUGUAAAAUAUAUUGUACAACUGUCCAGUAUAGGAUACCGGAACCUGCAUGACAUGAGCUGUUCUCGAUCUCUCCCAGCUUGGAUAGAAAGUUGUUAUGCAUAAAACUAGUCUAUUAAAGGGAUAAUCCACCCCAAAAAAUAAAAUCAUAAAACUCC